CAUAUACAGAGUGAUAGUGAAGUUUAACAUAACUACCAAUGAGUGUCUCUCAAAKCAUCGGCAGUUUAUUAUGUAGAGGUAGUGCUGGUAGUUAUAAGGCGUUGGGAAAGUCAUACAAGCAUUGUCUGGYAAAGCCAUCACUACUAGUACAGCAAGUAAGCCAUAGCUCCGGCAUUUCSAMAGCACUGGCAGUUAAUCUAGUAUUGAAACAACUUUGCCGUAAAUUUUCAACGACCACCGCUACCGCCAAUAAUACCGCAAUGUCUGCAUUACCGAGAGUUUUCUUCGAUAUGACUGCCGAUGGCCAGCCAGUAGGCCGUAUYAUAAUGGAGUUGCGAUCGGAUGUAACACCGAAAACGGCCGAAAAUUUCCGCGCCCUCUGUACGGGUGAAAAAGGUUUCGGUUUCCAAGCGUCGACAUUUCAUCGGGUAAUACCCGAAUUUAUGUGCCAGGGUGGCGACUUUACCAAUCACAAUGGUACCGGCGGUAAAUCUAUCUACGGCAACAAGUUUCAAGAUGAAAACUUUUCGUUGAAACAUACCGGACCCGGUAUCCUGUCGAUGGCCAACGCAGGUCCCAACACCAAUGGAUCGCAGUUUUUCUUGACAACCGUCAAAACUUCAUGGCUGGACGGCAAACAUGUCGUCUUCGGCUCCGUUGUCGAAGGUAUGGACGUCGUCAAGAAGAUCGAGUCGUACGGCUCCCAGAGCGGCAAAACCAGCAAAAAGAUUAUGGUCGAGAAAAGUGGUCAACUAUAAGGUUAUG